GCCGGAUUGCGCAGGCGCAGCAAGGGGUAAUCCUCUGCUUGGAUGGAGCUCACCGGGGCAGGGGCGGCGAUGAGCAGCAAGAAAGGGCCCGGGAGCAGCCGUGGCAAAAAGAAGAAGCAUAAGAAAGAAAAGGCGCCGCCCCCUCCGCCGGCAGAGAGCGGGAUCCCCACGGGGCCACUUAGUCCCUCCUGCACAGACGACCCUGCCCGCCCGCCUUCCGUGCCCCCCCUGCCUCUUCCUGCUGAAGUUGGAGGUGGGCUCUUGGGAUCUGAUGACGAGGAACAAGAGGACCCCCGAGAUUACUGCCGAGGUGGGUAUUACCCAGUUAAGAUUGGGGACCUCUUCAAUGGGCGCUAUCAUGUGGUACGGAAACUUGGAUGGGGGCACUUUUCAACGGUCUGGCUUUGUUGGGACAUUCACCGGAAGCGCUUUGUGGCCCUCAAAGUGGUGAAAAGUGCGGUACAUUAUACCGAAACGGCUGUGGAUGAAAUCAAGCUACUGAAAUGUGUGCGAGAUUCUGAUCCUAAUGAUUUAAAACGGGAGAAUAUUGUCCAACUGAUUGAUGAUUUCAAGAUCUCAGGAAUCAAUGGUGUCCAUGUUUGUAUGGUCCUUGAGGUUUUAGGGCACCAGCUAUUAAAGUGGAUUAUCAAAUCCAACUACCAAGGGCUUCCCAUACCUUGUGUCAAGAGCAUCCUAUGUCAGGUGCUGCAGGGCCUCGAUUACCUCCACACGAAGUGCAAGAUAAUCCAUACAGACAUCAAGCCAGAGAACAUCCUGCUGUGUGUAGAUGAGAGUUACAUACGACGGCUGGCAGCUGAAGCCACCCUCUGGCAGCAGACUGGAGGUCCUCCUCCCUCUGGUUCUGCAGUCAGCUCUGCACCCCAGGAAAGCCUGAAUGGGAAGCUUUCAAAGAACAAGCGGAAGAAGCUGAAGAGGAAACAGAAACGGCAGAGUCAGCUCCUGGCUGAACGACUUCGGGACCUUCAGCAGCUGGAGGACCUGGCAGCUACGAAUGCAGGGACCAGCAAGUCCGCAGAGACCACAGAAGGGCAUUGCAGUUGCCCCAUCUCGGUCUCUGGAGGGGGAGAGCCCUCGGGGGGAUCUCUGCCCUGCAGUCCCCAAAGCUUGACGUCAUCUUCUGGCUUCUACACACAUAACGCCUACGACAGCUGCAAUGGGCAUUCCCCAUCCGGAACGGCCAGCCAUCACGUCAGCCCUGACUCUGCCACCUCCGGCUUCUCAGGAUCGCUUUUCUCUGGAUCAGCCCUCUCAGGCGUUUCUAACCAGCGGGAGCGUGGUGGGCUUCUCUCACCCAGCACUUUUGGCACUUCUGAAUUCUUGGUGAACCCUUUGGAACCCCAAAACGCAGACAAGAUCAGAGUGAAGAUUGCAGAUCUGGGCAAUGCUUGUUGGGUGCACAAACAUUUUACAGAAGACAUUCAGACUCGGCAGUAUCGGGCUUUGGAGGUCCUGAUUGGUGCUGUCUAUAACACUCCAGCUGAUAUCUGGAGCACAGCAUGUAUGGCUUUUGAGUUGGCAACUGGAGACUAUCUCUUUGAACCUCACUCUGGAGAAGAUUAUACAAGGGACGAAGAUCAUAUUGCCCACAUUGUUGAAUUACUUGGCGAUAUCCCACCACACUUUGCUCUUUCGGGGCGGUACUCGCGUGAGUACUUCAACCGGCGAGGGGAACUACGUCACAUAAAGAACCUGAAGCACUGGGGAUUAUACGAGGUCUUGGUGGAGAAAUACGAGUGGCCUCUCGAACAAGCGGCCCAGUUCACGGACUUCCUGUUGCCCAUGAUGGAAUACAUCCCAGAGGACCGCGCUACAGCUGCCCAGUGCCUCGAGCAUCCAUGGCUAAACUCUUAGGGACAAACCUUGCUAAAACAAACUGAUAAGAGGAAAUAAGGGAAUUCUGGCCCACGUGGCGUUUCCAGGCUCGUUGGUGUUAGCCCGCUUUCCUGGAGUGACGGAUGUGGGGAAGAAUGUUUACUUCUCUUGGUUCCACGAUUGGAGACUCUGGCUGAUCAAGCUGGAGUUCGUAUGGCUGGACUGGAAUCCCACGCAUCAAUUUAUGGCUACUUCUGAAGCACAAAUGAAAGAUGACCAGGAUUUCUUGCCCUUUUUUCUUUUGUUAGCAUAUGCCUUCUUGGUUGACAGUGGCCAUCUUCUCUAGGUGCCAUUGGAAUAAUGCUGUUUGACUGUUUUUUAACCAGUUCUGAGAUUUUUUGCAGGUGUUUUUUUUUCUCUCUCUCUCCCUUUCAAGGUAUAAUGUUUAAAGGUUCCCACCCUUAAAAACCAAACGAGUGUGACAGAAAAGUAAUUUGAGAGGAAUGGGUACGUGUAAGGUGGAUGGUGAGUUGGAUGUACCUGAGUGUUGGAGCAAGAAGCUGGAAAGAGCUGCCAACUUUUUGUUGUUGUUGGAAGAAAAUAUACCCCCCUCCCUUACCUAAACUUCUAUUUUAACUCCAGGAAAAUGUGGCCUUUUUUUGAGCAACGAUUUAUACAGGUGAAUGAAAUUUUGUAGAGUUACAUGAUAUUGAUGUAGAAAUUUAACAGUGGAAGCAUGUGGCGGUAUGAGAAGACUAAUGGCAAAAGAAAUGGAACUACAUAAAUAGCAAAGUGGGAGAGGAAGGAUUCUUAUUCCAGUGGGUUCUGAACACUUCGAUAAAAGAUUUCUGGCAUUUUCUGGGAAGAUUCUCUAAAGUUGCGAUUAGCAGCUGAAUAAACAGAAGGAUGUCAUAGUAUCCCUCCUUCAAUGAGCAUUUACAGCCCCUUUCCAUAUUAUUAGACUAUAGCCCCCAAUAUGCAUGCUUUUCACUAAUCGGGUUGCCUAUCUGCUCAUCAUUUGAUAUCUUGAGAAACCCAAAAAAACAGUUGUGAUUGGGAAUUUUUUUUUUGAAAGGGAUGUAGUAAGAAUUUUUUUAGCAGCCUGGUUUUUCUAAUAUGCCUUGUGAUGUCCAAUGUUGUUUUUACUUCUAUGCUGUUUCAUUUCCUUUAGCCCAUUUUUUUUUGUAUCCAACUUUUGAGACGGUUAGGAAUAGAGAAUAAUCCCCGUUAUCAUUUGCAGGAUUUGGGGGGGGGGGAGGGAGGGAGAUCAAGCUAGCUGUAUGUGUGCGGUUAGUGUGUUUUCUUGGCAGAUGUUUGGGGUUGUUCACGUUGUUGUCCAUCUUGGGCUGCUGUCACAACUCCUAUUCUGAUUUUCAAUACAUGCUACUUGCGAUUAGCAUUUUUUUUUCUUCUUCAAAGAACGGCUGCUCAUAAAAAAGCUUUGAGCCAGAUGAGCAAAAUGAUUGAAGCUACUUUGUGCCUUUACAAUGGAUUCUACCUAUUGUUUGCUGGAUGCACUGAAUAGGGAAGGGAAGAAAAGUGGGAGCUGUUACAUAUAAAGUCUCCCCCUCCCCUCUUCCACUUCCAAAUGUCCUGGGAAAGGAAUGCAAAAGAAAUAAAAGACCUGGAGCCAGGAGUAAAGCCAACAUCUUUUCCUUUUCCUAGAGAUACUCCUUUGGAGCUAAGCUGGAGUUCCUGUUUCUGUGGAAACUGGAUUCAUCUCCCUUGAAUCUGGCGUCUCUGGUGUGAAGCUGGGACUAAAAGAUGUGGUUCUGAUUCCCUUGAACACUCCAGUCUCAACCUGGGGCAGUGGGUGGGCAACAUCUGGGUGAAAAUAUUGUUUAUACCAAAGUUGUGUUGCCCCAGAACCAAACCCAAUGAAAGCGAGACAACUGUUUUCUUGCACUGUUACCUCUCUAAUGAGAAGCCAUGGCCUUGAUUUAGAGGUGCCCCAUGUGUGCCAGUGUUGGGGGGUGGGGGGAGGGAAAGUACGCGUGUUUUGAAUGCUGUGCUGUUACAGGGAUUGAAUUAAAAAAAAAACUUUUUUUCAUUAAAAUAUUUGCAAUAACUUUUGAA